AUGGCUUCGUCUGCUGUUCACCUUCCCCAGCCCCAUAGUUCUUUGGAAUCAGAGCAGUCCGAAAUCCCCAUUCCUGAGAACCCUCGAAAUGUUCAAACCACGUUGACCUUCAGCAAACACAACGAAGACGGUUCCGCUCCGCCUCCAAUGUACAUUGGGAAACCAGAAAGCUACAAUAGACCGACCACCACUCUUCCUGCUACUAUCUAUGAUAUCAGUGGCCAUGAGCUCGACUACACAUUAGACAGUCACGGAUUUGAAUUUUACUGCCACGAAAGCAAAAUGAAGGAAUUCACCGAUCAUGAGAAGAUCAGAGCAGAGUACUACCCAGAGACGGAAAAAUUGCUACAUGAUGCCACGGGUGCCACGCGUUUCUUCGUAUUUGACCAUACCGUUCGUCAAGCCGCAGAAGACUGGACUACUGAGAAAGAUGCCCGUGGGCCUGUCCAACGAGUCCACAUCGACUCAUCUUACGCCGGAGCCGAGGCGAGAGUCCGCUACCAUUUCCCCGAUGAAGCAUCAGAGCUCCUCAAGCACCGCUACCAGAUGAUCAGCGUCUGGCGUCCGAUCAAGCCGAUCCUUAAGGACCCACUGGCCGUCGCGGAUGCACACUCCACGCCCGAAAGCGAUCUUUUCCCUGUCAAAAUCCAUUUCCCCGAUCGAGAGGUGGAGGGUUGGGCUGUCAAAGCCAAUCCACAACUUAAGUGGUACUAUCGCUACGGACAGCCUCCGAAUUUGGUUACUCUGAUCAAACUUUUCGAUUCCAAAGUUGACGGCAGGGCGAGAAGGGUGCCGCAUACUGCUUUCGUGAAUCCUGCGACAGAACAUGAAGCACCUAGAGCGAGUAUCGAGUUGAGAGCUCUCAUUUUCCAUCCUGAUGACCCUAAUUGA